AAUUUCUUUCCCUUUUUUCACCCACUCUCUCUAUCUGUCUCUCUCUCUCUCUCGUUUUCUCUUUGUCCUUCUCUGUGUAUUCAAGUCUGUGACCAUGCAAAGACAAUCACUGGGGGGCUCACCGGGCUCCAAGCUCCACCAGGCCCAUGGCGGAGCCAAGGAACAGGCUCUGCUCCUAGACGACGCUCCCAACCGCAGUAACAAGGACCUUUUAGUCUUUUCCUCCUCCACCUCCUCUUCAAUCUCCGCAGACGACGACCACAAAGCAUCAAAGCCUCAUCGCCCGUCAUCACCGCCCCCCACCGCUCCACACAAAUCCAUUCACGUCAUCCCCGUCCUCACCCUCCUCUGCUUCCUUAUCCUCUUCCUCUUCUCCCAUAGCCCCUCCCAAUCAGAUUUGGCUCAGUUCAAUGGCUUUACGAAACUACCAGGGAAAAAGCGCGCAGACUCCACCGACAACGAAAUCGGCGACCUGAGCCGAUUUAUUAGGAACUUGCAGGACACCCAAGGAACCCGAAAACUCCCCCCGAGAUCUCGCUCCCACCGGAAAAUAGCCGAUUUUUAAGCCGCAUUCCCUGCUCCUCUUCUCUACUCUACUCUACUCUACUAUGUCCUCAUCGGCUCUCCGUGAAAGAACUCGCACGUGCGUCACCGUCAGCUUUUUUUUCGCACGUGUAAAUUCAAUUGCGGAGCAAGAUCUUUUUCUUUUCUUUUUUGGUUUAAAUUUAUUUUAAUUUUUUGUGUAAACAUAUUACUUCAGCGCUUCAGCGCUUAGACAAAGAUUUCGAACAGCGAAAUAACGUAAUUCUUACAGAUCUUUUUGUUUUUAUAAAUUUCGUGUGUGUCGUACGCUAAAGUGAGCGGGUAGGGAGGCGUUAAUUAGAUGAAGGGACGUAAACGUGCGCCCGAUGGGAUACAGCUGGAUUUUCGUCACCGUCAGCUUUUUUUUCGCACGUGUAAAUUCAAUUGCGGAGCAAGAUCUUUUUCUUUUCUUUUUUGGUUUAAAUUUAUUUUAAUUUUUUGUGUAAACAUAUUACUUCAGCGCUUCAGCGCUUAGACAAAGAUUUCGAACAGCGAAAUAACGUAAUUCUUACA